GCUACUGCUGUAUGUGGAUACCAUUCAUAUUGGAUGGACUCAAGAACGUCGUUCAUUCCUGCCCAAAGUGCGGCGCCAAGCUUAGUGAAUAUAGUCGCUUUAGAGUCGAUCGUAUAUGGAACAAGAAGAAGAAACAUAGACAAGCGCAACACAAUUACACAAGAGGAUAACCUGGCGUGUCCACACUGAAACAGUUUGAGCCGGGACGCACGUUUAGCUUGAUUCUAUCUAGACUGUCUUCUUUAAUGAAGGACAACGUAACGAGGGAAAAUUGGGUUGGCACUAGUUCAAACGACUGGAGAGUGUUUUUUGUACAGAGGAAGCGUUUCCGUAGAGACUAAAGAGUUCAUGCACCGAAUACCUUGACUAACAGAUAUUCCAAGGGUUACGUUAAAGUUGUCUUACUUUUUUUCACGUCGACAGAGAAAUUUCUGAGCUUGAAGACUCUAAGUAAUUUCGGAAAUAUUUUUUUCAGGCAUGCCAAUAAGUCCUUAACGGACUUUACAGACUGUGAUGUGUUUACCACCCGUUUUCCGCAAUCUAGAAUUAUUUUAUUUCAUAUCGCGCUUAAGGCUUGUGAAGGGACGAAAGAAAAACAAACCUGGGCGAUUUGUUUAUGAAUGAUUUCUCUUAAGUAGUCAAAUGUGCGUGUAAUGAAAAUCAGCUGAAUCUUCAGGGGACACAGAAUUGUACUUUCAAAGCUUGUAAACUUAUAAUAAUAAAACCAGUUUUAAAAGAGAAGAUUGUUUUUACUGACUGUACCGUGAAUAAACAAUUAAAUUUAUCCUCAAGAUACACUGAGAAUAAGAAACAGUUUUCCACGUACAAUUGUAUCCAACUUUCAUGAUGAUCAAAGUCAAAAGAAACAUUUUCUUUUGCCAUAGAUCAUCACAUGUCGCGAGCAUGCUAAGUCAGAACUCGAACUUGCUUCAUGUAGCUUCCCACAGUCCAUACCUGGAAGACCUCGGGAGAUAUUCAGCGAGUUUAGCCCUCAGCUUAGUUUAUAAGAAGUGGACUGUAAUGUCCUCUAAAGUAUCUUUUUCUUGUGCUUGAAUUUGCAUCCGCCGGCCGCCUGUUUAGUGGACCCAUUGCGAGUUGGGUGGAUGACCUGUGGCUGUCAUUCCCAGUGCACUCUCUUUGCUUUUACCGGUACAUCAGUGUCACUUACAUGAAGAAGAUUUGCAUCUUUUGGAAGCCUUAGGAUGGACACGGAAAAUGAGAAGAAACCUAGUGUUAAUGACGAUUUUGUUUGUAAGAAGCAUGUAAAAUUCUUUAAACGAUGCCUUGAUGUACUACCCGCAGCAUAUUCCUCUUUAGAUACUAGCAGGGUGACUGUGGCAUUUUUUGCACUCUCUGGUCUUGAUAUUUUAAAUUCACUUCACUUAGUAGAAAAAGACAAAAAAGAUAUUAUUGAAUGGUUUUACUCCAACCAAAAGCUUCCAGACAAAUCUAAUAAUGCAAGUAUGCUAAGAUGUGGGUUCCGUGGAUCAUCCACAACAGCCCGUAACAGGCAACUUUUACAGGAUGCAUGUGAGUAUGACUGCAGCCAUAUCGCCAUGACAUACACAGCUUUAGCCAGCCUGCUUAUCUUAGGAGAUGAUUUAUCACGAGUCAACAGACCAGCUAUUAUUGAAGCCUUAAAGACAUUACAGCUUCCUGAUGGCAGCUUCCAACCCACUACAGAUGGCAGUGAGAAUGAUAUGCGGUUUAUCUACUGUGCUUGUUGUAUUAGCUACAUUUUAAAUGACUGGAGUGGUGUGGAUAUUCCUCGUGUUGUUCAGUACAUCAAGAAAAGUAGGUCAUAUGACUCAGGAUUUGGCCAAGGACCAAGCUUGGAAGCUCAUGGUGGAUCAACAUUCUGUGCAUUAGCGUCACUUGUCUUGAUGAAUCGUCUGGAAUCUUGCUUUGAGGCAAAUGAACUGGAACAAAUAAAAAAGUGGUGUCUGUUUCGUCAGAAGUCUGGUUUUCAAGGGCGUCCUAACAAGCCAGUUGAUACCUGUUACUCAUUUUGGCUAGGAGCUUCAUUAGAACUGCUUGGUGCAUUCUCAUGUGUGGAUUUCCCAGCCAAUCGGGAUUAUCUCAUGUCAACCCAAGCAACAGUGACAGGUGGCUUUAGCAAGUGGCCUGGUAACCACCCAGAUGCCCUGCACACAUAUUUUGGACUCUGUGGCUUAUCACUGAUGGAGGAACCUGGCUUAAAUGCAAUUCAUGCAGCAUUAAACAUAACUCAGAGAGCUGCCAAUCACCUGAAAAAGUUACACAACCAAACAAUUAGCUGAUGACAUAUUAACAAUUAAAAUAACUUAGUAUACAUGUAUAAAAUACAAGAAACAGUCAAGUUAAAGUUGUGAAGUCUGUAAUGCAGCCAACAGCAUAAAAUGAUAAAUUUCUUAACUUUAUUUUGACAAGUAGACUGAUAAUUUUUAAUAUAAAAUGGCAUAUCCUGAUACUGUGAAACUCAGAAAACUGUGAACACUUUGAUUUGAUUCUGCCAGGUCAAUUGUACACUGACCAAUCACGAUAAAGUUCAGGACACCCAAACAAACCUCAAAACCACAAACUAAUUACUACAGGUUGUUUGGAUUUUUUUCUCACCCUUAGUUGGCUUUUUCCUUGUUAGUCAGUAAAAUUCCAUAAAUAUUUCUGGUGUUCAUUGUUUUCUGAGUUUCACAGUAAAGAAAUAAAAUUCUUAGACAAAUGUAGAAACCACUUUCACAUGCAGGCAUGGAACUGUUCUGGACAUAAAACAUUGCUUCCUUGGCUGAAGAAGGAACACCAACUUAUGUUAUUGUAUGUGGCAUUUUUUUGCAUGUUGUGACAUAAUAAAUUUAUUUUCAUAUUUUCAAUUUUAUCAAUGCUUAAAACCAUUAAUUUUCUACUGAUUGUAAACAGAGGCAGAUGACAGAAAUCCAGUUUGCCUUUGAAGAAUUAAAUGUUCCAGUCAAAUUUCUUGA